AUGGAAGGCUAUGCGAAAGUUGCUCAGUUAAUGGCUAAAUAUGAAGAUUUUGCCAUCCUGCGACGGUUCAAACGACUCAAUUACCAAAACCUGCUCUAUUUACAAGCUCAAAUCAUCCACCUUGAGGAGAGCCUCGGCAGGAUUGUAGAGCAGGACGCUAUUGAUCCCGAACGGAAAGAGUAUCUCCGAGAUUGGUGGAGGCUGGCUCAUGGAGAAAAGGGGGCCGGAAGAGCUCAGUGGCGUAAAAUACGCCGCAUAAGGAAAAAGCUGAAAGAAUACAGUAAGAGGACGUACCCUUACCUACCUAGUCGCCGUAAAGCCUCGAGUACCAUCAGAUCCGCUUUCCUGGUGGAUUACGAACAUUGUAUUCCCUCUAUACCACCGCGUAUUCGGCGUGAAAUUCGGGGUAAGAAAGUUCCAAAGUUCACAAGGCACGUUGCCAGCCUCGCUAACGCGUACCGAACAUACAAGAUAGCCGACUCGAACGAAGUGGGAGACGGGCUAUACACGUACGAAGAAUCAUUGAUAAGUUCUGUCAUCAAUAUUAUCACAACCGUUGUUGCGGCCGUGUUGCCCCUCUCGUCGAUCGUGGUGUUGUAUUUGGUGAAAGCCGAGUUGAUCAGGCUGGGGAUUCUCAUCAUCUUCUCCGCCUGUUUUGCGCUCGCGCUCGCGCUAAUGACCAAUGCAAGACGGAUAGAGGUGUUUGCAGCGACGGCCGCCUCUUCUGCAGCCAGUCGCAAGCCGUCGUCUACCAUCUUGAGAUGGCCCGCUUUCUCGCCAAGCGCAUCCAGACGUUUUGCGACCGUUGCGACACCCUCCUUACAGAAUGCUCACCUACCCGAUAAUCAUGGCCCAAUUCAAGAAUACGAUCGGCGAGUGCGGGAAGGACGCCUCCGAGAGGACCAACACCAACGCGGGAUUAUCCAAAAUUUGCAAAAUUUGCACGACGAACUAGUUCAUUACCGAGCGCAACCCGUUGUGCGCCCGAACUUUGAGACUCUUAAACCGACCAAAUCAUUAUUUUCGUGGUUCGGACCGAAGCCGGCCAUUGGAACCAUACAAGAGAUUCCAUCCAAUCUACCGCGAGGAUUAUAUUUGUACGGCGACGUCGGGAGCGGGAAGACGAUGUUGAUGGACCUCUUCUACGACACGUUACCCAGUUCCGUCCAAUCUAAGACUAGAAUACAUUUCCAUAAUUUCAUGCAGGAUGUGCACAAGAGGUUGCAUAAGAUGAAGAUGACGCACGGAAACGAUAUCGAUGCAGUCCCGUUUGUAGCAGCAGAUAUCGCAGAGAAGGCGAAUGUUCUGUGUUUCGACGAGUUCCAGUGCACCGAUGUGGCUGAUGCGAUGAUCCUACGAAGACUUCUAGAGUCGUUAAUGUCUCAUGGAGUUGUUCUUGUGACGACAUCAAACCGACAUCCGGAUGAGUUAUAUAAAAACGGGAUUCAGCGCGAAUCCUUUAUUCCGGCGAUCCACCUUCUGAAGUCGCGGUUACAUGUCAUCAAUCUUAACUCCCCCACCGAUUACCGCAAAAUCCCCCGGCCGCCGUCCGGGGUCUACCACACGCCGCUCGACAACCAAGCGGCGUUGCACGUAGAGAAGUGGCUCCGGUUUCUUGGCGAUCCCGAUGCGCCAGAACCUCACCCAGAAACACAAAAGGUCUGGGGCCGCGAAAUCUACGUUCCAAGAGUCAGCGGUCGCUGCGCUUGGUUCACCUUCCAAGAACUGAUUGGCCGUGCGACAGGCGCGGCUGACUACCUCGAGCUGAUGCGCUGCUACGAUGCGUUUAUCAUAUCUGAUGUGCCUGGCAUGACUUUCCGAGAGCGCGAUCUUGCAAGACGGUUUAUUACUUUUAUUGACGCUGUCUACGAAUCACGCGCGAAACUUGUCCUUACUACAGCUGUUCCCCUGACGGAAUUAUUCAUCUCUCCCCAGGAAUUACGGGAGUCCCUGAAAAGGGACGGAAAGCCCGUAGACGACAACGAUGACGAAUCGACUAGCCACGCCAUGCAGCACAUGCUCGAGGACGUGGAUAGUAACAUUGACCAGUUGAAAAACUCAAGUCUGUUCUCUGGUGAUGAAGAGCGCUUUGCAUUUGCGCGGGCGCUAUCUAGACUGAGCGAGAUGUCUAGCAAGGAGUGGGUUGAGCGCGGUAUGGGUCUAGAAAGUUCAGGGGGCAAAGAGGAGAGGGACGGUUGGGCAAAGGCCCGUAGUCGACAGAUGGAGGAUAGUAUGUGA